AAAAUUCCCCGUCUCACCUAACACAGGCACACACACACAGAGAAGAAAUCCAAAUUGCUUUGCUUCUUUCCCUCGCCGAUAAUCGAACGCAGGAACAAGAGGAGGAGCUGUACGGACAACAAUGGCGGCCACAGCUCACCUCCUUCGUUACUCUUCUCCUCCUCUGCCCACCGAUCAUUCCAUCAACGUCUCCUCCGGUAAUCGCCUAUUCUCUAACCCUCCGUCUUCUGCCAUCUCCUUCCCAUUUUCUCCCGCCAAAUCCCAUUUCCCCGGCGUAAAACUCCAGCUUUCGUUCGCCGGCGGCAACGGUGGAAAUGGGGUUGGUCGCGGAAGUGGCGGAGGUGGAGGCGGAGGCGGUGACAGGGGAGAGUGGAGUAGCAGCGGAGAUGGGGACGGCGAAGAUUCAUCGUCAUCGAUCAAGGGUGUUGGUCCUAUUGGUCUGUUCCUCAAUGGGUGGAGAUCCAGAGUCGCCGCCGAUCCCCAAUUCCCUUUCAAGGUUUUGAUGGAAGAAUUGGUGGGUGUGAGCGCUUGUGUUGUGGGGGACAUGGCUUCUCGUCCCAAUUUCGGACUCAACGAGCUCGACUUCGUAUUCUCAACCCUCGUCGUCGGAUCCAUUCUCAACUUCACUCUCAUGUAUCUCCUCGCACCCACUGUUGGAGCUUCGUCCUCUAGUCUCCCUGCGAUCUUCGCCAACUGCCCCAAGAGCCACAUGUUCGAACCCGGGUCCUAUGGCUUGGUGGAUCGGCUCGGUACUUUCGUGUAUAAAGGAACAGUCUUUGCAGCGGUUGGGUUCGCUGCUGGGCUCGUUGGAACUGCGCUCUCAAACGGGUUGAUCAAGUUGAGGAAGAAGAUGGAUCCGGAUUUCGAAACCCCCAAUAAACCACCUCCGACAUUGUUGAAUGCCGCCACUUGGGCCAUUCAUAUGGGUUUGAGUAGUAAUUUUAGGUACCAAACUUUGAACGGGCUCGAGUUCUUGUUGGAAAAGGGUCUUCCUUCAUUUGCAUUCAAGUCCUCUGUGGUGGUUCUGAGGUGCGCGAACAAUAUUCUUGGUGGGAUGACGUUUGUGAUUCUGGCAAGGUUGACAGGAUCGCAGAGUGUCGAGGGUGAGAAAAAGCCGCUUGCUGCAGAGGUGGGAUCGGCGGAGGAGAAGGAGAAGUUAGUGGAUGGAAAUGAGGAUUUGCAGAGCAAUCAGUCGACUUACAAGUGAUUUGGAUUCAAGUUCUAGCUUUGUUGUCGCCUUUUUUUUUUCUUUUUUUUUUUUUUUUUGGGGUGGUUUUGGUUUUAUGUUUAUAACUCGAAGUUAGGUUGGAGAUGACGAUGAAGAAGUGGAGUUUUGGUAUAUUAUGGUUUUUGCAGUAAUAAUAAAUGUUGAAGAAAGGCAGUCCAUUUCAAUGGAACACCGAUAAAUGUUUUGUUUUU